AAGUUUGUGAGGCGGGGUCCUCAAGUCAUAGCAUUUCCAUGAGCAUUUCCAACUCGUUUGCUGAGCUGUCCCGAGCAGCUGCUGAAGUUUUCAGAAGAACUUUCAUCGGUUGUUUAUAAAGGUUUAUAAGUCUAGGGAGAUGCGGUGGAGUAUGGAGGUGCUGAGAGUGUGUGUGGCGUGUUUGUCGCUGUGUGUGUGUGUGAUCAGCGCGUUCUCUCAGUCUCUGGACGGUGACUUCACCUUCAGUCUCCCCGCCGGACGCUCAGAGUGCUUCUUCCAGACCAUGAAGAAAGACGCUUCGCUGGAGAUCGAGUACCAGGUUCUGGAUGGAGCGAGUCUAGAUGUGGACUUCUACUUACAGUCGCCCAGCGGUCACAUUAUAGCCACUGACCACAGAAAGUCUGAUGGGGUUCAUACAGUGGAAACAGAAGAGGGAGACUACAUGUUCUGUUUUGAUAAUACAUUCAGUGCAGUUUCUGAGAAGGUCAUCUUCUUUGAGUUGAUUCUGGACAAUAUGGGAGACGCCGAGGAAUUGGAGGACUGGAAAGCGUACGUACAGGGAGCAGACCUUCUGGACAUGAAGCUGGAGGAUAUCAUGGACACCAUCAACAGCGUGAAGUCUCGACUGGGAAAGAGUCUUCAGAUCCAGACUUUGCUGAAAGCCUUCGAAGCCCGCGACCGCAACCUGCAAGAUAGCAACUACGAGCGGGUCAACCUGUGGUCGUGUACCAACCUUAUUGUCAUGGUGAUUGUAUCCGGGGUCCAGGUGUACUUGCUGCGCAGCCUCUUUGAUGACAAGAGGAAGACGCCCACAUAGCUGCCUCUACUGCUACUGACUGAAAAACACAAACACACACACCCCUCUGUCUGUCUCUCUGUCCUUACAUCCUCCGUUUACUCCCGUCAAGUGUCCUUGGACUGAUAAUAGCUGCAGUCUCUCCUCCUACAAACCUUUUCAUGUCUCAAGACAAUCAUUUUCUACUUGACUAAGCCGAUAAAAUGAAAGCUUGAAGUUGAUCUCUAAGCUGCUGCUGUGACCGAUCUAACCCGUUUUAAAUCUAGAUGAUUAGACUAGUUUUGUGUGAUGUUUAGUUACUGAAUUUUUCCAGGGACUGAUAAGAAUACACUGAUAUGUGGCACGUUUCCUAUUUUUGUAACAAACCAGCAAAGAAUUUUGAAAUGU